AUGAAAUCAGUUCGAGAUUAUUUAAGUUCAUGCCUGACCUGUCAGAGACGUCGAAGUGGCAAAGAAAGAUUUCAAGGCUUCUCUAGACAUUUUCCUCUUGGACAAGUACUCGAAUCGGUUCACAUCGAUUUCUGGGAACCAACGGUUGGAGACACCAAGAUCAUGACUAUGAUCGAUAGGACCUCACGGUGGGCUGAGGCAGCAAUAGUUAAAGAUAAGACAGCGAAGACCGUGGUGUCUACCUUCAUCAAAGUAUGGGUUUCGCGAUAUGGUGUUCCACGUCAGAUUAUAUCUGACAAUGACAAGGCCUUCCAAGGACUAAUGAUGGGAGAAUUAGCGAGGUUACUUGGAAGUGACCUUGUAGCAAUCACGCCACAUCACCCUGAAGGAAACAGUCCGGUUGAAUCAUUCCAUAGACAUCUCAGGAAACAUCAUCACCGUGUAUUACAGAAUGAACUUUUAGUUGCAGAAGAAGGCUUGGCGCUUACUCUAUAUCUGUACCGACGAGUUACCACACGUCGCUGGAAGACACCCCCGGGCAUUGGCUUUUUGGUGUGCCAGUUACUACACCUGAAGAAAGAGAAAUCUAUGAUUUGA